GUUGCGGGAUAUAUCAUGAUCAUGGGCCUACGCCAUCUUUUGUGAUACACAAUCCGGCAUUGACAUGAACGUUCCAGGGACUUUUCCACAUGAUUUCAUAGCCUCGUUAGCCUAUGCAUUGACCUACUGGAUCAUCCUGGACGAAGAGGGCCACAGCUUAACACAUCUCAGGAGGACAACUUAAAAUCAAGAACGGUUCCAUUUUUAAGUGGGUAUGGGUGAGCUUGACAAACCAUGGCAUCGUUUACUUAUCCUAGCCAUCAUUGGAGCAGGUUCGGGCACAACAAUUCGGGGUCAGUUCACAUUCACUGGGUUCCCAACUGCCCUUAAAGGCUCUAGCCACAACGUAACCUGCAGCUACCCAGGAGCCACCAGUUAUACGUGGAGAUUUCGAGGGGGAACCUAUAAUGGGGCAGCAUAUACAUUCACUGUUGAUGGCGCCAAGCAUGUUGGUGUGUGGGAAUGUGAUGCAGUGGUCAAUGGAGUCACGAAGACUGGAAAAGAGGAUCUAUUAGUCUAUUGCGAUGGGGUAUACGUAACCGGUGCAUCAACUACAAACCCUUCCAUUGGAGACCCCAUAGAACUUAGCUGUAACGUCAUCAAUCCUUCAGGACGUCAAGUGCAGUGGUUACUGACCAUCCCAGGCGCCAAUGAGAAAACUAUCGCUGCAGUUACCAAAUCAAGAUGUGAAUAUUACCAUGCAGAAAAUGACAACAUAAAGUUUGCUCCAUCAACAACUUGUGCAACAUCGACGACCAAUCAUUUCUUCACACUUAACAUUAAAGAAGUGAGCUCUGCACAUGCAGGAUACUGGAGUUGCUAUGACUUCGGGAAAAGCGGUUGUUACAGUAAGCCCGUGAGAAUAGCUAUAGCAAAGCCACCAAAAGAUCCACCUACUCUGACUGGUUUUAACAACCCAAUCGCUGGGCGAGACCAUAAUCUCACUUGCGAUGCCUGGCAGCCGGAUGUCCGUCCUCUGACCUAUACCUGGUACAAAGAUGGAGUACAGGUCUCGUCCGGGAAUACCUCGACAUGGCGGCUGCAACCGGUAAAAAAGGAAUCAAGUGGAAGGUACAAAUGUGAAGCUGUCGACAAGAUGAAAAACCUCAAAGUUGAGGCUGAAGAUACGCUGAUAGUAUACUAUGCAGCCGAAAGGGAUCCAGCAGUUGAAAAGGACGAAACCAUGCCAGUGCGGACUGGGGAAAGUGUUAAUCUUACAUUAAACAUCUUAGUCUAUCCUCUGCCAACCUCAAUAGAAUGGUUCACUGAGGAGGGUAAUACUACAGUCAACUUCAACACCACAAAAAUUAGCGACACCAAGUGGAUAUUAACUAUUCCAAAUGUGCAAGAGGUAGACUAUGGGAAUUACACCGCCAAUAUAACCAAUGCUGCUGGAAACACAUUGAUUAGAUUCAAAAUAAUUCCACCGUCACCCCCGAAUGCCCCGUCUGAUCUUAAAGCCCUGCCACUAAAAGACACAAAUGCCCUCACUGUAAAGUUCACAGCAGGAUCCGAUGGAGGUGCCCCACAAAACUUCACGAUAGAGUACAACAUUAAAGGCGAGAGUAAAGAAGAGUACUCAAGCGGAAUCGAAGAGCCCGUGAUUACGAAGACCGUGUUGAAAACCAUUGAGAACCUGCGUUCGGACACCUUGUAUCAAAUCAAGGUCAAAGCAAUUAACGAAUUUGGAUCAAGCGGAUACACUGAGGUGAUUGAAGCGAAAACGGAGGCUGCUGCUAUGCCCGUCUGGCAGAUAGCCGCCUUCGCCCUCGCAGCUCUGGUUUUACUCGUCGUUAUAUUUUUGGUCAUAUUCUUUGUAUCAAGAAAAAAAUACAAAGAGAAACCAGUGGAAGCUAAGGGUAAAGUAUAUUCAAAGCGCCCUGUUAGCUCCUUUGUACCAGCUGGUGUCCAGAUGAUGGAGACCACUGAUGAAGGUGUGGACAAUCCAGUCAUGAUCAUCAAGGAUGAUAAGGAGUUGGACAAAAUUGAACCAGUUGAGGAUAUUCCAGUUACGCGCAGAUUUUACCACGAGUUAAACGCCAGAGUAAAAAGGGAUAGCCGGAAGAGCAUGGCCAGUCCAUUUGUCAAGAGUGAACUUGUCCCUGUCGUAGAGGAAGCCGAAGAAGCGAAUGGCAGUAAUGUUGGCCAUGAGUAUUCUAUGGUAAACAUCAGGAAUAAGACUAGGAACAAGAACCAGGAGAAUGCCAGGCAGUCGAAAGCCACGACCAGGCUCUAUGCAGCAGUUGACUUCGCCAAAAAGAAAUUUCGAAAAGAAUCGAACACCGGCGAUAACGAGACUGACUCCAAACAAAAGACGCCUCCAAGCAUUGGAGUAGAUGGCACAUCGUACACCGAGGUGAAAUUGGCAAAGAAUCGCCCUCCUAUUGGUAAGAAGCCCGAGACGAAGAGAAAGCCAAAGCAAGAGGAACGGACGCCAUAUGCCCAGGUCGACUUUCAUAAAGGUGCCCCGAACGUGGCGACAGACGAUUUUGAAAUGAUUUGAAGAAGUACUGUCCGAUGAUUGUUUUCUAGGUACGCCCUUCGUAUUUAAAAGUGGAUCAGGAAAAUAGAAAUGCAGUUAUACACAAUGCCUUAAUGCAGAUAUCAUGCGUUCAACUUUGCUGAAACUUUGUGUAUAAAGCAUUUGUAUUUCUGUCUACACUCUGGCGUGAUGAAGUUUAUAUUCGGUGCGUAUUUGCAUAUUUGGAAAUUUUCUAAAUUCAAUAUGCGUACAGAUUUAUUUAUUUUUAACGAACGGCGUACCCCUAUACUUUGCUAUGUCUAUGUUAUAUCCAAGGGUUAGCGAUCCCAAAACCAAAUAGAAUACGAUGUUUUGCCUUGAUUGCUUCGACAUUAUCGUUAUAAAGUCGGUGCCAACAACAUGAUUUUGGCGGGUGGAUUUUGAGGAAAAAAACAAGAGGAGGGACGGAUGAAAUAAAUUAACAGAUAAGCACUGGUACAUGUAGUACCUAGUAAAUUUGUUUCAAGGGUUGGUGCAAUUUUCUUUUUUUUUGCUGCGUAUACUUGCCAAGAUUCAUGCACUGAAAGACGUUUUUCUAUAUUAUUUUAUUAUCAUUGUAGACAAUGUAGAAUAUAUGCCUAUCCAAGUAUUAUGAAUUACGACUGUGAUAUCCGAGUGAUCUUUAUGAUAGCCAAGAAAACCAAACAUUGUUUAUAUCAGCCAUUACCAGUCGAUUGGGAGUUGUGACACAGUACAUAUCCCAUGUCUGAUUUUACUUCUCAUCGGCAAAACUCCAGAAUAAGUAACAGGAUCACGCUCCUGAAACAGGGUCGAAAUUGUCCCCUUAAACAUUUGGAUUCCCUUAUUCCCUUACUUAUUAGCGUGUGGAAGUGCCAAAUGGCUUGCGGCAAGAGUUUAUUACGGCUGCGUUACCUUUCGAAUUUUGUGUUUGCAGCCAAACGACAAAAAAUAUUAGAGUUGAAUUUCAGUCUUUAUUCAAUGUUUCUACAAGUGACAUAAUAUCAAAGUGAUUGGCUCAUCAAAUGCAAGUGAUAAUGUUUUAUAGAAAAUAGCUGGAUGUAUUUAUGCUUGUAAACAUUAGCAUAGUGUAACAUUUUGUUGGUGUGAAUAGAACUAAAUAUGUGUAUUAUGUAUUUACUUGGACAUUCUGUGAGUAAUUAUACUGGUCCUCAAUGUUGUGAUUUUCUUGGUAAUGCUCGAGUUGCAGAAACUGUCCUACUUUUUAGCAGCUACACAAGCUUUGGACAAUUUUUGCAGGCAAUUUUGUUAAAUUUGUAUAAAAUAGAAUAUACAGUGGAACCUCCCUUAGCGGACACUUUUCUAUUAAGGAAAACCUCUCUGUUAAGGACAUUAGUUCUGGUCCCAAAUUGACUGUUUUCAUUCAAUUUAACCUCUCUAAUCAGGACACCUCUCUAUUAAGGACAGCACUUGUCAGUCCGGAGGGUGUCCUUAAUAGAGAGGUUCUACUGUAUAUUAUCCUGUACAUACUAGUAUCUUCGGCUGGGUGUAUUGACCUACACUUUUGCUCCACCCUUUCACUCCCUGUUUUGAUUUUUACAUAGGCCCGCCAUGCAGUGCGGUGUACAAUCCAAAUUACUUUAGUAUGACUGAUGAUAUUUAUUUUACAGAAUUAUGAGUGUAACCGAAUAUUGUGCAAAUAUUUUCCGAAGUUAUCCACAUAUGUUACCAGAUUAAUAUAAACUCUUGAUGCGACUGAUGGUCUCUCACUAAAUUAUCCAUACAUGUAUGAGUGAUGAUGAUGUAUUAUGAUUUUUUUCUCGUAAAUGUGACUGAUAACAGUUCAACGUAUAAUAGGAGGUAGAAUCUCAGAGAAAUAUGCGGAUCCAUAGCUAGCGCUUUGUUUAUGGGGCACAUUUAACAAGUCAAGAAUAGCUCAAAACUCUAUGUGUAAAAGUAGUUUUUCUGUGACUGCUGAGGUGCAUUUCUUCAGCUUCGGGCUUGAUACAUUUAAAAUACUCGCGGCUAGAAUCAGUGAUAGUUUAAAAUUUCCAAUGUAACCUGGUAGCGAUGCAACGUUUUUGUUGUUGUACGAUAAUCCCUGUUUUUCCAUACAAUCAGAGUCUUUCAAGUAAUUAUUUGAAAGACUCCGAUACAAUUGACAGCUUGAAAACCAUGACUUUUCAACAGGGAAACUCAGAAAAGCAUACCCUUUUUUAGCGUUCCCUAAAGGACAAGGAGAAACAAUCAGGAAGCAAAAAAAUAUUUCAUCUGCUUCAAUAAAUCUGAAACGAUUAUCAGGCAAAGCAAUAUCGAGCAUAUUCAAUGCGACUCUCCAAGGUGAUUUGAGAUGUAAAACAUAGGUGAUACUGAGAUUGUAAUACAUCCAUGCAGUUCUUCUUGAACUGAUACAGCAAUAUUUUGCAAGCCAUUAUGGACAUAUUUUGUAAUAAAAUUAUUUUUAUUAUCCUGGUUA